AUGAGCCCCCUUCGAUGGGGGCUUCUGCUCGGCUGCCUGGGCUGCGCGCUCCCGCCGCGGGUGCGGGCGCAGUUCCCCCGCGUCUGCAUGACGGUGGGCAGCCUGCAGGCCAAGGAGUGCUGCCCGCCGCUGGGCGCCGACACGGCCGACGUCUGCGGCUCUCGGGAGGGCCGCGGCCGGUGCGCGGAGGUGCAGACCGACACCAGGCCCUGGAGCGGUCCUUACGUCCUGCGCAACCAGGACGACCGAGAGCGGUGGCCACGGAAGUUCUUCGACCGGACCUGCAGGUGCACAGGAAACUUCGCCGGCUAUAACUGUGGAGACUGCAAGUUUGGCUGGACUGGCCCCAACUGCGAUCAGAAGAAACCCCUGGUUGUCCGGCAGAAUAUCCACUCCUUGACCCCUCAGGAGCGGGAGCAGUUCUUGGGCUCCUUAGACCUCGCAAAGAACACGCCGCAUCCGGACUACGUGAUCACCACACAACACUGGCUAGGCCUGCUCGGGACCAACGGGACCCAGCCACAGAUCGCCAACUGCAGCAUUUAUGAUUUCUUUGUGUGGCUCCAUUAUUAUUCCGUUAGAGAUACAUUAUUAGGACCAGGGCGCCCAUACAAGGCCAUAGAUUUCUCACACCAAGGCCCUGCCUUCGUUACCUGGCACCGCUACCAUUUGUUGUGGCUGGAAAGAGAUCUCCAGCGCCUCACUGGCAAUGAGUCCUUUGCUUUGCCCUACUGGAACUUUGCCACCGGGAGGAACGAGUGUGACGUGUGUACAGACCAGCUGCUUGGGGCUGCAAGACAAGAUGAUCCGACUCUGAUUAGUCAGAACUCCAGAUUCUCCAGCUGGGAAAUUGUCUGUGAUAGCUUGGACGACUACAACCGCCGGGUCACCCUGUGUAAUGGAACCUAUGAAGGCUUGUUGAGAAGAAAUCAAGUGGGAAGAAGCAGUGAGAAAUUGCCAACUUUAAAAGACAUACAAGAUUGCCUGUCUCUCAAGAAGUUUGACAAUCCUCCUUUCUUCCAGAACUCUACCUUUAGCUUCAGGAAUGCCCUGGAGGGAUUUGAUAAAGCAGACGGGACCCUGGACUCUCAAGUGAUGAACCUUCAUAAUUUGGUUCAUUCCUUCCUGAACGGGACAAAUGCUUUGCCACAUUCUGCUGCCAAUGAUCCUGUUUUUGUGGUCCUUCAUUCCUUUACUGAUGCCGUUUUUGACGAGUGGAUGAAAAGAUUCAAUCCCCCUGCAGAUGCCUGGCCUCAGGAGCUGGCACCCAUUGGUCACAAUCGGAUGUAUAACAUGGUUCCUUUCUUCCCUCCGGUGACUAAUGAGGAACUCUUUUUAACUGCAGACCAGCUUGGCUAUAGCUAUGCCAUUGAUCUGCCAGUUUCAGUUGAAGAAACUUCAGAUUGGACCACAACCCUCUCAGUGGUUAUGGGGAUGCUGGUGGUCUUGGUUGCUCUUUUUGCACUGCUGAUUUUCCUUCAAUAUAGAAGACUUCGAAAAGGAUAUGCACCCUUAAUGGAGACACAAUUAAGCAACAAGAGAUACACAGAAGAAGCCUAGAUGCUCACGCCUUACCCUAGAGAAGAGGCUGGCCAAGGCUUAGUUCUGACCCUGACAGUGAGCAAACGAAUCCUCACUGUUUUUCCUUUCCUUGAAGAUCUUUGGCAUAGCUCCUCCUGUUGUGGGAUGAUCCCAAAUACAGAAGAUGCUUAGCUGUAGUUUCUGGUUCGCUCUGUUUAUCUAACAAACAAGC